GACGAAUACCCUACUUCUCCUCUUCAGUCGAAAACCCUAAUCUCACUGGAGUUGGAGUAGCAGCUAAACAGGAGUGAAAUGGCCAAGUCGAAGAAUCAUACGGCGCAUAACCAGUCACACAAGGCUCAUAGGAACGGCAUCAAGAAGCCAAGGAAGCAUAGACACACUUCCACCAAGGGGAUGGAUCCUAAGUUCUUGAGGAACCAGAGGUAUGCAAGGAAGCACAACAACCAGAGUGGUGAAUCUGCUGCAGAAGAAUAGAUGUUUUAGGGUUUGGUUUUGAUCUUUCUAUCUGGAUUUUUGCAAUCAAUUAGAACUCCUAUAUUCCCAUGUGACCUUUGAAUCUAGUUAAGAUUCUAUGACAUUGUGGUUCUCAUUUUGUGUUUGAGUAAGAAAUUAUUCCUUGACAUCAUUUAUUGCAAUGUUUCAAGAUUAAGCAAAGACCUUAUUUCAU